AUGACCAAAAUACACCAAAGUUAUAACUUAUCUGUAGUUUCUGGUGGUAAGCCAACCCUCCCUAACAGUAACAACAGUUCCUGUUCUAAAAAAACUGUUACAUGUUUAACUCCAGACCAAGCUAACUAUAUUGUACCUUUCAAUAACCAAAUCAAAAUAUAUUCUAUCGAUACUAGACAGUGUAUAAAGACAGUGAAAUAUGCAAAUAAUGAAAUUUUAUCCAAAAUUUUUAAAGAUGUUAAUAACUUAAUUUCCUAUAUUGCAUUAGGUGAUAUCACUGUGGAGGAUAGAGGAAAGUGGGAUCCAAAUAAGAUGAUUACUAUCUUGACUACAAAGGGUAAUGUUGUUGUUCUUAAUUAUAAAGGUAAAUUGUCUCAGGACUUAGUGACAUACAAAUUAUCCUUUGAAAAAUCAGGAGAGGAAAUUUUGAAAAUGUUCGAAGAUAAAUCACAAAACUUCUUCAAAUUGUUAACAAAAUCGCCAAUGGAAAAAGAUGACUCUUUAUUUCAUUAUAAAUUAUAUAAUUUUUAUCCAUCAAAACAGGAAAGUGAAAGAUUAGUCUUAGAUAGGCAAUUUGAAAACGUUAUACUAUCUACUUGGUCAUCAAAUGAAAAAAUGCUCACUGUGAUGACUAGGAAGGAUAGUAAGACUAAAAUGUUUUAUGUUCAAUCAAUUUUUGACGUCUCAGUUAAUGUGGAAUUCCCACUAUCUAAAUUUGUUACCACUUCUAAGGAUAAGAAAUCUUCUACUUAUACCUCACCAAUUGCAAGAUACGUAUCUGCCAUGGCUAUUGAUGACAAUGGUUUACAAUUAGCGCUUGGGUUUGCCUCUGGUGUCAUCCAUGUUAUUGCAUUAGAUGUUUUACAGACAAGAAUUUUGAAAUGGCAUAUCGAUACAGUUCUUUCUUUAUCAUUUAAUCAAGAUGGUACAUACUUGUUAUCGGGUGGUUGGGAAAAGGUUCUUAUUUUCUGGCAAUUGUCAACAAACAUGCAACAAUUCUUACCUCGUUUAAAUGGUAUAAUAAUAGAUUCUGAUGUUGUUUGUAACAAUAAAUAUUAUGCAUUAACAUUACAAUUGACUGAAAAUACUUCAAACUCUGAUUACCAAUUACUACUAUUAAAUUCAUCUGACUUAAUUUCAAAAUUAUCUAUAAAUGGUCCUCUACCGGUAUUUCAUUCAACUGUUAAGGAUACUAUUCCACCACUAUCUGCAUUUUCCACAAAAAAUUCUACUGCUGGUAAUAAAAUAAACUCAUUAAAGAAAAACAAAGGAAAAAAUAUACAUAGAACUAAACAGGAUUACACAACUUGUGCCGACAUUAAUCCUAUUAGCAAACAGAUAUACUUCCCUCAUGUAUCAUCUAUUCAAGCCUAUGAUUUUUAUAAGAAUGAACAAGUAUCUUAUCAAUACUUAUCCUCUGCAGUUAAUAAUAGUAUGGGUAAAGUUAGAUCUGAAUUAAAUAUCAAAGAACCAGUCCUUAUGAACGUUAAAUUUACUAAAAAUGGUACAUGGAUGAUUACUUAUGAAGUUGAAUAUCCACCAGAUAAUUUAUUAUCAUCUAAAGAAUUAACCCAUGUUAUAAAGUUUUGGUCAAAGAACGAUGAUCCAAGCAGUACUGAAUGGUUCCUAAAAACAAAAGUUAUUAAUCCACAUGGUAAAAGUGUACCAAUUACAAAUAUCCUAGCCAGUCCUAGUGUAGUUAACAAUGGUAACGCAUUCUUAACUUCUGAUAAUAUGGGUGGGUUGAAAUAUUGGUCAUUCGAAGAAUAUGAAAAAAACUGGUGUCUAACAAAACUAUUGAUCGGGAAUUUUAACCUAUUUAACAAUUCUGUUUCUAUGGCAUGGUCAAAGGAUGGUAGUUUAAUAUUCCAUUCAUUUUACGAUAAAUUAAUCAUCUUAGAUUUUGAUAGUUUCAAGAAAAUAGAAAGUGAAGACGACAGUAAAUUUAUUAAUGAAUUUACAUUAGAUUCAGAAAUUCAAGCUAUCAAAAUGUCUCAGGAAUCAAAACUAAUAAUUGCUACACGUACAACUAUUUGUAUUUUAGAUUUACUAGAAUCUAAAAUAAUUAGCAGUUUUGAUAUUUAUCCAUAUGUUAAAGGUAUUUACAAGAAUGGUAAUUUCAACAGAUUAUUAAGUUGCAAUGAAAAUACAGGUGAAAUUGCUUUAGUAAUUAAUGAACAAUUAAAGGAUGACAAUGGUGAAAAUUCUUUGAGAUAUAGAUCAAGAGUUAUUGUAUUCAACUCCACUCUAACAGACAAAUUAGGAGUACUGACUCAUAAUGAAUAUAUAUCAUGGAUUGGCUGGAAUUAUUCUAAUGACUUCGUUUUUAUCGAUACUAGUUCCAGAUUAGGUACUGUCAGCACAGCUGUUAAAACAGAAAUGCUAGAUGAGAUUAAUAGAGAAGGUAUUUUCGAUGGGCUAUCCAAUUCAUUUGCAACUGAACUACAAAAAUUGUCAAAGGCUGCUAAUAGUUCUGUUUUUAUUGAAAAUAAUAAAAAGAAUGCUAAAAACAUUGAAGAUGAUGACGAUGAAGACAUAGCAUUAGAUUUUAUCAACGGCCAAAAGAGUGAUAAAAUAAUAAAUAUGAAUACUUUUAUAGGAAUGUUUGAUAACCUACAAAACGUAGAAAUGGAUGCAUUCUUCGACCGUGUGACGAGAAUCAUUACUUAG